CCUUUUCCACACCCCCUGCUUGCCCCCAGAGCCCAAGGGAGGUGCAGCUGCUCUGGGGCAAUGGGCAAAUCGCAGCCACGGGAACUCUGGGCCCCGGGGGGGGGGCAGCCCCAUCCACUCCCCUCAUUCCCAGCACCAGGGCAGCCUGUCCCCGCUACCCCCCCGGGCUGGUUCCAGCCUGGCUGGAAAGGCCUGAGGCCACGGGGUGCCCCAUGGCGGAGGCUGAGUGCAGUACCAGGGCAGGGCCCCAGUGUUCUUUGAGCUGGGUGGGGCCUGCCCAAGUGAGACCCACUGGUGGGCGUGUCACAGCCCCCCACCCCUGCACACUUGCCCCAGGCGGGGAUGGUUUGUAGGAUGCGCUGCAGGGCCGGGCGGGUGGUGCCUGGGCCAUGGGGGGGUGGGGUUGUGCUUCAUGCUGGGGGUCAACAGGGUGUUUCUCUGGGUGCCCGGAGCAGCCCUCAGCUGGGGGUGGGGGGCGAAGGCGGCUCAGUGAGAUGCACAGGCAAAGCCCCCACCCCAUCAUUUCCAGCGCUCUGGUUUUCCCCUCCGCCCCCUUCCCGCGUUGCUAACGAAGGACUCAGAAAUGUUAAUUACCUUUUCAUUUCCAUGGAAAGAGCUGCUCAGAGGCUGGGAGCCUGGAGCCUGGGACUAGAUCUGUGCACAGAGGGACCCGGGUCCUGGCACUAGUGCACGGGGGGGGAUUGUAGAUCUGUGCACAGAGGGAUACGGAUCCUGGCACUAGUGCAAAGGGGAACUGUAAAUCUGUGCACGGGGGACAUGGAUCCUGGCACUAGUGCACAGGGGAACUGUAGAUCUGUGCACAGAGGGACACGGAUCCUGGCACUAGUGCACAGGGGAACUGUAGAUCUGUGCACAGAGGGACACGGAUCCUGGCACUAGUGCACAGGGGAACUGUAAAUCUGUGCACAGAGGGACACGGAUCCUGGCACUAGUGCAUGGGGGGGACUGUAAAUCUAUGCACGGGGGACACGGAUCCUGGCACUAGUGCACAGGGGAACUGUAUAUCUGUGCACAGAGGGACAUGGAUCCUGGCACUAGUGCAAAGGGGAACUGUAAAUCUAUGCACGGGGGACAUGGAUCCUGGCACUAGUGCACAGGGGAACUGUAUAUCUGUGCACAGAGGGACACGGAUCCUGGCACUAGUGCACAGGGGAACUGUAUAUCUGUGCACAGAGGGACAUGGAUCCUGGCACUAGUGCAAAGGGGAACUGUAAAUCUGUGCACAAGAGGACACGGAUCCUGGCACUAGUGCACAGGGGAACUGUAUAUCUGUGCACAGAGGGACACGGAUCCUGGCACUAGUGCACAGGGGAACUGUAUAUCUGUGCACAGAGGGACAUGGAUCCUGGCACUAGUGCAAAGGGGAACUGUACAUCUGUGCACAGAGGGACACGGAUCCUGGCACUAGUGCACGGGGGGACUGUAAAUCUGUGCACGGGGGACACGGUUCCUGGCACUAGUGCACAGGGGAACUGUAAAUCUGUGCACAAGGGGACACAGAUCCUGGCACUAGUGCACAGGGGAACUGUAUAUCUGUGCACAGAGGGACACAGAUCCUGGCACUAGUGCACAGAGGUACUGUAUAUCUGUGCACAGAGGGACACAGAUCCUGGCACUAGUGCACAGAGGUACUGUAAAUCUGUGCACAAGGGGACACGGAUCCUGGCACUAGUGCACGGGGAGGACUGUACGUCUGUGCACAGAGGGGUGCAUGUCCUGACUCUCCCCACACAUUCUAUGGGUCACCCCUGCCCCUGGAGCCCCUUCUCUUUGCCCUCCUCUCCUGUAGCUACAGCGAUGAACCUGCAGCCUCCCCCUCCCGCUGCCUCGGUCUCUCCUCCUUCCCUGGCACCAUCUCUUUGUUCCCUUCAACUGUUCUCUGCCUCUCGCUCCUCCCUGCCACGCCCCCUCCCUCCCCUCCCCUCGCUGCUCCUGCUGGCCUCCCUUCCAUGCUGCCCCCCCCCCGCCACUGCCAGCCCCAUCGGCAGGUGCAGCCAGGUCCCAGGACCUGCCGGCCCCCAGCCCCCCAGCGGAGGCCUCUCGUUGCCAGCCCUGUUCUGCCCGCCCUGCGGGAGCGAGAGCCCCUGGCUCCCCCCACCCCGCCGAACAGGGUGGGACCGAUACAGUUUGUGCUCGCCUGGGGGGUCCUUCCCACUCCUCCGCUCACUCCUGCCUCUCUCCGACCCCCGCACGCCCUGGGCUCCUCCAUGUAUGACGACUCCUAUAUCCAUGGCUUCGAGGACUCCGAGGUGGGCAUUCACAGGGCUGUCUGGAGGAACUCAAACCCGAAAUUGCAGAACUGCUAAUUACGGGAACCCAUCGCCAAAAUCCACCUCCGCCCCAGUCGAGGGCUGGAGGGGAGCAAAUGUGACGCCGAUUUUUAAAAAUCCCAAGGGGAUCAUGGCAAUUACAGGCCAGCGAGUCUAACUUCAGUCCCAAGCGAAGUGGUAGAAACAAUAGUGAAGAACAGAAUUAUCAGCCACAGAGAUGGGGAAGAGUCACCCUGGCUUGUGUCACGGGAAAUCGCGCCUCGCCACUCUAUUACAAUUCUUUGAGGGAGUCGACAAGCAUGUGGACAAGGGGGAUCCGGUCAACUAGCGGAUCUGGAUUUUCCGACUGACCUUGACGAGGUCCCUCAUCCAAAGGCUCUGAAGGAAACUACGUAGCCUGGGAUGCGAGGGAAGCUCUUCUCGUGGGGCUCAGCCGAUUCCUACACCAGCCGGCCGUCCCUGGACUCAGACGUGUCCCUGGAGGAGGAGCGCGAGACGGCCCAGCACGAGGUGGAGAACCAGGCACAACAGCAGCUGGAGAGGGCCAAGCACAAGCCGGUAGCGUUUGCCGUACGCACCAAUGUCAGCUACUGCGGGGCCCUGGAUGAGGAGUGCCCAGUGCAGGGCUCUGCCAUCAACUUCGAAGCCAAAGACUUCCUGCACAUCAAGGAGAAAUACAGCAAUGACUGGUGGAUCGGGCGGCUAGUGAAGGAGGGGGGGGACGUCGCUUUCAUCCCCAGUCCCCAGCGGCUGGAGGCCAUGCGGCUGAAGCAGGAGCAGAAAGCCAGGAGAUCUGGCAACGCCUCCGGCCUCGGGGACCCCAGCAAGCGGCGAUCACCUCCCCCGUCCUUAGCUAAACAGAAGCAAAAGCCGGCAGAGCACAUCCCGCCCUACGACGUGGUUCCUUCCAUGAGACCAGUGGUGCUGGUGGGCCCCUCCCUGAAAGGAUAUGAGGUGACGGACAUGAUGCAGAAAGCGCUCUUCGACUUCCUCAAGCACAGGUUUGAUGGCAGGAUCUCCAUCACCCGCGUCACCGCCGACCUGUCCCUCGCCAAGCGCUCCGUCCUCAACAACCCGGGCAAGCGCGCCAUCAUCGAGCGCUCCGCCACCCGCUCCAGCAUUGCCGAGGUGCAGAGCGAGAUCGAGCGCAUCUUCGAGCUGGCCAAGGCCCUGCAGCUGGUGGUGCUGGACGCCGACACCAUCAACCACCCGACCCAGCUGGCCAAGACCUCGCUGGCCCCCAUCGUGGUCUACGUCAAGGUGUCCUCGCCCAAGGUGCUGCAGCGGCUAAUCAAAUCCCGGGGCAAGUCGCAGGUGAAGCACCUCAACGUGCAGAUGAUGGCGGCCGACAAGCUGGUGCAGUGCCCGCCGGAGCUCUUUGACGUGAUCCUGGACGAGAACCAGCUGGAGGACGCCUGUGAGCACCUGGCCGAGUACCUGGAGGUGUACUGGAGAGCCACACACCAUCCGCUGCACCCGCUGGGCAGCCAGCCCCUCCUGACGCCACCCGCCGCCAUCACGGGCCUGCAGAACCAGCAGCUGCUGGGGGAGCGGGGUGGGGAGCACUCCCCCCUCGAGCACGACAGCCUGAUGCAGUCGGACGAGACAAGCGAGACCUCCCGCAAGCCCUGGGCGGCCGCCUCGCAGCGCAGCUCCCAGCCCCUGGAGGACGAGUACCUGGACCCCUACCCGGAGCUGUACCAGCCCCACCGGCACCACAACAGCGGCCUGCACAGCGCCAACGGGCACGACUCGCAGGACCGGCUCCUGCAGCGCGAGGCCGAGCAGACCCACAACGACAGGAACUGGCAACGCAACCGGCCCUGGGCCAAGGACAGCUACUGAUGGGCCCCGGCCUCAGCCACCCCCCUCCCCGCUGUCAGACCAGCCCCACGGGCCCAGGGAGCCUGGCCGCCCGGCCACAGCCCUGGCUGACCCGCCCCGGCCUUCCCCCAAACACAGCCCGCCAGGUAGCUCGUGGGGUCACACCCUCCCUGCUGUACCUAACUGGAGGGGGAGGGCUCUGUCCUCAGGCCCCCUGCCCCUGCUAGGCAUUGCUCAGACAAUCUCCCAGGCGGGAACCCCCCCGGUCCCCGCCCUGUUCCCACUCUGUCCAGCUGCACGAGGAGAGGUCGGGAGCCAGGACACCUGGGUUCUAAGCACUGGCUGGCCCCUGCUCCAGGCCUGUUUCCCUGGCAGUGCUUGCUCCAAGCCCCUCCAGCCCCCUUGCCCUCUUCCUUAGGGCUGGGCUCGGCUCCCUGGGGCAGGGCCUAGGAGUCCAGCUAACAGGGCACAAUUUGCUAAGUGAAAACCCCCCAGGGUAGGGUGAGGAGCCUGGAUGCUGCCCCCCUCCCCUCUUUCAGUGGGGCUCAGCCCUGAACAUCCAGCGGCCCAGCCCCACCGCCCACACCCGUAACCACUAGCAUCCAGCCACGACGCAGAGAAGCCUGUACGUAGUGCACCCCACUGCCCCGCACUGGCUGGACUGGGCACGGGGCGCCCGAGGGGGGCAGAGGGAGAUUUCCCCCCUGGCUGGGGGAGCUGGGGCGAGCCCUCGGGGGGCCGGGAACCACGGAGCGGCCACGGAUUUGUUACAGCUCUUGUGUAGGAAGCACUUACUGCCGACAACCUGUAGCCUGUUUAACAAAGAAGUGUUUGCAGUUUA